CGAAUUUGUUUGUGUUGUGUGUUUUCAGAUCUAAAAGAAGCGGAAAAAAUGGUGAGAGUCAGCGUUCUGAACGAUGCCCUGAAGAGCAUGUACAACGCAGAGAAGAGGGGAAAGAGGCAGGUCAUGAUCAGGCCUUCCUCUAAGGUCAUCAUCAAGUUCCUCAUCGUUAUGCAGAAGCACGGUUAUAUCGGUGAGUUUGAGUAUGUUGAUGACCACAGAUCUGGAAAGAUUGUGGUUGAACUCAAUGGGAGACUGAACAAGUGUGGGGUUAUCAGCCCUCGGUUCGAUGUUGGUGUCAAGGAGAUUGAAGGAUGGACUGCCAGGCUUCUUCCCUCAAGACAGUUUGGAUACAUUGUGUUGACAACUUCUGCUGGAAUCAUGGAUCACGAGGAAGCUAGGAGAAAGAAUGUUGGCGGCAAGGUUCUCGGUUUCUUUUACUGAGGAGAGUAUCAAGCGGAUCCUUUUUUUUGGGUUUAGUAAUGCUGGGAUAUUUUCAUAGACUUAAAUUCCGAAGUCGGGUUUUGAGAGUUUAUUGUACUUGGAUGUGACUUUCUUCUUUUACUUGGAUUGACCUUCAUGUUUUUGCGACUUUGAUAUUAAUGUUAUUUGGUAUUCAUCAUCA